AUGCCUCCAAAACGAAAGCACGUGGGCGACGAUGCCUCGCAGGAAGACGACUCCAAGCGCUACGCCUAUCUGAAGCCUCAUGUCCGCCGUGUCCCAGAGAAGACCAUCAAGUCGAAAUGGGCCCCUCUGCCAGAACCCGUCCAGGGAAAGGUCAUGGACAUGUUCCACUCCCUCGAACGACCGGUGAUAAUGCGGAAUCACAAUGAGUGCAAACGAAUUGAGGCACAAGGUGCUGUGCAAGCGGUCGUGCGAAAUUUAGGCAAACGACUCCCGCGAAUGCCAUUUCCGCCCAUAACGAAGGACUCGAGCUUCGACUACGAAUCUGCGCUGAAUGAGCACCGCUCCCUCGAGGGCCAUUUAGCUACAAUGAAUGAUAGUGUCGAUCUACUAAAAGCCGAGAUCGCCAAAGAAGAAGCCCUCCUUGCUGGAGAAACAAAGUCGCUCCAGGAAAUGGACAAGAAUGCCAAACGGGCCGAGGCUGAAAGGAAACGACAGACGAAAAAUGAGCACCCCGUGCUCCGACAGUUGGAUGCACUUCCUCAAACUGAGGGGUCCUCUGAGUUCGCGCUUCUCGGCGCCAAAGAUAGCCAAGUGACUCUAGACGAAUUGGAGACCGACCCUGAAGUCCAAGGACUCAUGAAGCAACUGCAUGGCCAUCUUCAAUCCAUGCAAAGCAAUACCGCCCCCUUCGCAGGACUUGGGGAUGCCAUCACUCGCUCACAAGCUGCCUUGGAUUUAUACUCGAUGCCGAACGACUGA